AUGGGCGACUUUAGUAAGCUCCCACCAGAGAUUAUCUUCCAGAUCCUAGACGAGCUCUUGGGAAGCUCUCCCAGAUUGAGGCACGAGAACUUUCAUUCCAUUAUGCAGCUGAUGAGAAGCAGCGAGUCACUAGAACGAUACAUUAAACUCGGAUGGAUGAGUAGCGAUGUACCGAACGGUUUUAAGCAGAAGGUCGAUGGAGUCCAGUGGUACCCAGACUACGAUACUGCGAAUGCAGCUCUAACCCUCCUGGGCCUUGAUUUCGGCUACGUCAUUCCCAUCGAAGGUUGCCCUCGGCUAGGCCACGAUCUCAUCACCAGUAUCAUUUUUGCCGACUGCACCGAUUGUUCUGAGUGGUUCUCCGAGAUGCUGCCUCCUAUUCAUAUGAGCUGUUUCAACCAGGGUGGUUGGUCGUUCCUUUCUCUAGCACUACACGCUAAAGCUGAGAAACUACUUCAUCGUUUCUUCCUCUCGGGCUUCCCUCGCAAACUGUGUAGUUUUAUCAUCGACAGUGCUCAUGCUUUGGGGGCAGGGCCAUCAGUCAUUGGGAUUUCUGCCUCAUCCAUGGAUCAUCAGUCUUUCACCAAGCUCUUUAAACAAUUGGAGGAAGGCUUGAAUGGGCGUGGCUUCAACGAGACUCUUAAAUAUGCACUCACGCACCAGGAACUAGCGGCAAUCCGAUGUGUUGCUCCUCCGGAACUCCUGGAUAUGUUGUUUGAAGCCGGUCUAAUAUGUCUACAUCCGGUUCGUCAUAGUCGAUAUUGUUCUGGUAUGUGUACCGAGAUGGAUGAUUCUUCUUGA